UAGACAUAACAUAACCCAUGACCGUCGAAUCUAACGUCUAAUCUAAUCUUCAUUAGCUCAAUUUUUGAUUCCAUGGCCGCAUUCGUAAUCAUGUUUAUAAAGUAAAAAAUGAAAUAGCUAUCUAAGGAGCUAUUAUACAGAUGGAUCCCUCUGGAUUGCCAGGUUUUGAGCAUCCGAGCGUACAGAGGAAAUAGCAAAGCCUCAUAUUCAUGUCAGUACGGCGUGCAGAAACGACGCCUUUGGCGUUAAAAAGAGUGCCCUCUCGGCAUCAGCUUCUGCACGGGUAUCCGAAAUGGCACAACCGAAUCAUCCUGCUGAUCCUGUUGAACGACCACCACCACGCAAGAAGAACGCCUUUGGUGCUCCGAUAUUUCCCCAGCCGAAAUUCGGUAAGCGACUGCCGAAGGUAAAACCAUACAAAAUGGGCGAGUGUAAGGAUAAAGACAAUAAGGAUAAGGGGCAGGCAAAUGAGUUGGAGAAUACUAUGAAAAAAUAUGAGUCUGUACCGUUGUAUCCAAGUAUUGAUCCUUGCAUUGAUCCCGCUGGUGCUAAAAAGCAAGCUAAGGCCAGAAGGGUUGCUGAAAAAGCGAAGAAGGCAAGGCUGGAGAAGCGGAGGCAGAAACGACAGGAGAAAAGUGAUCAAGUGAAGCAGGAGAAUGACGAAAAGAAGUGAAAAAAUGUUCGAGAUAAAGAAAUGUAGAACGAAAUAUGCUGUCAAGGAUCAGAGCCAUGUGAAAAUUAUAACUCAUGGUGUUACAGAAAACUUUGUAGAAUCUGAGCUUUUCAGUGACUGAUGUGUACCAAACAACAUAGCUGAAU